UUCUCUUUCUCAAACAACUCUUUAUAAAAACCGUUUGCUGACUACCGCCAAGCGAUUUCUCUAUUCUCUCUCUAAAAAAAAUAAUCCAAUUUCUCUCUCUAAAACUACAGACGUACACUUAUGUACAUAUAUUCCUUGAAAUUGGUCUUCCUACUAUUCGUGAAGUUUCAUCAAAUUCACCACCAGAUUACUGCAACGAAUUUCUGAGACAUGUAUCUUUACAUGGCAGUUAGUUCUUGUGCUGGUAUAAGGAGUUUUCGUUGAGGCCUAUGCUUUCUUUGAACGUUGCUGUUAAACUGUUGAUAUGGCUUCUCAGAUAUCAAUAGGAGACGAUGUCUGCGAGUUCGGGCAGAGUUCAUCUGCCAUGAAUCCCAAUUGCACGACCGGAAACUUAUCUGUCUCUUUGCAAUCACCUCAACCCUUUGAGAUAAAAGAUGAUGAUGUGCCUCAGAGAAUGGUUGGACUUGAUGUUUCAGAAACUGAUGUUCUUGUGAAUGCUUUUGACUCAAUUAGCAUAACUGAGGCGUUGUCCCGUAAGAUGGAUGAUAAAAGCAAACAUACUGUAAAAACUGAUAAUGCCUCUGAAAGUGAAUGCCCUGUCAAUGUAUGUAUUGCCCCUCGGAGAAGGAGUGGGCGCAACAUCAAGUUAAGCCAGAAUCUGGCUACAGUACCAGCAACAAGUGGUAGGAGAAUAGCCAAUAAAAAGGCAUCCAUAGAUCUUAGUUCCUUGAAGAUUACAAGAAAGAGAAGAAGCUAUUUCAGUAAACAAGCUCGUUCUUCAGUUUGGGGUUUGCUAGAAAAUAUGGUGCAAUCUUUUGAACAUAAUAUCAGGCUUGAGAUAACUUCGGGGGAGCAGAAAAAUAUAAGAACAGCAACUAAGGGUAGUAGGCGAAAUGAGAAGCAUGGUGAGAAUCAGAUUGAUCGAAAGUCACGGAAAUCGAAGGGUAAACGCUUCAUACCAACUGGACCUAUCUCCUUGAAGGUUAAAUUUGGUCACCGUUGCCUGAUGGAUGUUAUUCCUCUUAUUGAUAAUGAUACUAACAAAAAUUGUACUACUGUAGAAGAACUUAAAAAACUGCCUAAAAUUGCCAGCAAAGUUGAUGAUAGGUUGGGGGAGGAGUUGUUGGAUAUGCAGCUCCAUGGUUGCAAUGGAAAUUCGGAUAAUGACUAUGUUUCUUUAUCAGAUGGAUGCCAACCUGGAAAGAACGCAGUUCAAGAUACAGCUGCUAAGACUUUAGUUUGCCAUGAUGAGUCACUUUCCCAGGAGGGAGGAUCGAUCGGUAACAGGUUUUCAGAUCCUGGAACUUCACCUGAUUCAGAAGUCAUCAACCUGAUUCCUGAUACACCAGUCAAUGUUCCAGACGACUUGCAUGAUUUGACUUUGUCUAAGCCAUGUGCUGCUCCUGGGGAUGCUCCAAUUUUGAUGCAUGAGAAGAUCAGUAAAAAAGAAAGGAAAAAAUAUAUGCUCCCAAAGGUUUCCAACUGUGGUGUGAAAGAUUUGCUUAGUCCAGAAAGUAUGAGCAAUGCACAAGUAUUCUGGAAUAUCAUGCAGGGAGAAAAACAAAGGGAUGGUUCUAGUUGUUGUGAUACUUCUGUUUUAACUACAGCUGGAAAUGGAACGGGUAACAUGUUCAGCAAUGAGAUAUUUUCAGGAGAACUGUUACAUUGUUCAGGAAUGUCAGGCUUGGGAAUCUCCUGUGCUUCCUCAAAGCUGGAAAGUGAUCUAGAGGGCAAUCAUUGUUCUAGUCUUGGCACUGAGUCUCCGGAGUCAGGGUUGUCAGAGAAACUGGUAUCCUCUCCUGAUGAGCGAAAAGUUUCUAAAGAGGGAAGACCAAAGGUAUCAGGAAAGAGCAGGUCAGAAGUCCCAAAGCCGUCAAAAAGAAGAGGUUGUAAAAAGAAGGAGAACAAAGAAAAGGAAGACAUUAUGCAUGAAGUGAAGCACAAAAGUGACCUUGCUAAGGGCUUAUGUGAAGUGAGACAGCACACAGGAACAGAAAAUGGAACACCAUCUGGGCUUGGACAAAUUGGCUCUGAAAAGAAAAUUUUAGGUGGAGGCAUUUCGAACUUGGACAUUCUGCCGACUGAGGUAGGCGAGCGUCUCUUGCCACCAAGAAAUGCUUGGGUGCAGUGUGAUGAUUGCCAUAAAUGGAGGCGUAUACCUUCCUUCCUUGCUGAUCAAAUAGAAGUAACAAACUGCAGAUGGACAUGUAUGGAUAAUCUGGAUAAAGCUUUUGCUGAUUGCUCAUUUCCCCAAGAGAAGUCAAAUUCAGAAAUUAAUGCUGAGCUGGAAAUAUCAGAUGAGGAAGAUGUUUCUCGUGUGCACUUGAGUUCGAAUGGAUCAGGACAAAAAAAUCCACUUGUGUCCCAUCAAUCAUCUUGGUCUCGGAUCAAGUCAAACAUGUUUUUGCAUCGCAACCGCAAAAAUCAAACUGUUGAUGAGAUCAUGGUCUGCCAUUGCAAGCCACCUUCAGAUGGUCGAAUGGGCUGUGGAGAUGGAUGCCUGAACCGGAUGCUCAAUAUAGAGUGCGUUAAAGGGACUUGUCCUUGUGGAGAAUUCUGUUCAAAUCAACAGUUCCAGAAACGCAACUAUGCUAAACUGAAGUGCUUUAAAUGUGGAAAGAAGGGUUAUGGCCUGCAGCUGCUUGAAGAUGUAUAUGAAGGGCAGUUUCUUAUUGAAUACGUCGGGGAGGUGCUGGAUAUGCAUGCUUACGAGGCACGGCAAAGGGAGUACGCAUUGAAGGGUCAUAAGCAUUUUUAUUUCAUGACACUUAACGGCAGUGAGGUAAUUGAUGCCUGUGCUAAGGGGAAUUUGGGCCGUUUUAUCAACCAUAGCUGUGACCCUAAUUGUCGUACCGAAAAGUGGAUGGUGAAUGGUGAGGUCUGCAUUGGACUCUUUGCUUUAAGGGACAUCAAGAAGGGCGAAGAGGUGACAUUUGACUACAAUUAUGUCCGAGUCUUCGGGGCUGCAGUUAAAAGGUGUGUCUGUGGCUCACCUCAUUGUCGGGGCUAUAUAGGUGGUGACCCGCUAAAUGCAGAAGUGAUUGUUCAGGAUGAUUCGGAUGAUGAGUAUCCUGAACCUGUCAUGCUGCAUGGGGAUGCUGACAUGAAUCAUAAACAAGACAGCAGUAUAUGUGCUACAAGUGCUAUUAAUGUUGCUGAAAUUAAAAUUCAAGGGAAACCACCUAAAAACAAAAAUACAGUGGAUGAAUCUUUUGCUGGAAAUCAGGAUACUUCCCAUCAAACACAUAUGAACAGUAUCAUGGGUCUAGAAAAUGUUAAUUUGGGUAACUCCGUUGCUGUUGUUAGCUUGAAUGCUAGAGAAGAAAGCGAAAACUUCCCUGAUGGGUCUCCUGCAUCAUCUUUAAUUGCCGAAACAUCUGUGGCACUGGAAGCCUCAGAGUGUAUGUCUCAUUCUUCUGUUCAACCUGUAGAGACUUCUUUGUCAUUGAAGGAUACAUGUGAAACCAUGUCUGGAGUGACAAAAGAGUGCUCAGUAGCUGGCGAAGUAUCAAAGAACUCUUUCUCUUCCACACAGGAAUUUGAGGUAACUUCUCUUGAUGCAGUGGUUAGCAAGUCCUUGAGAAAGUCAAAAUCCAGCAAUGGGCGAGAGACACAUGAUCCCUUAAAACCCUGUCCUUUUGUGAAAACUUCACGUGAAUCAUCUUUAGUGAAGAAGGUGAAACAGAGGAAUAAUGCUGUGAAUUCCAGACCCCUGCCUGAUGUGGACAGCAUGUUGCAAGUUUCACAACCUAAAUUCAAGAAACCACCGGAUGGCUCCUUACAUGGCCAUUUUGAAGCAGUUGAAGAGAAACUGAAUGAGUUGCUGGAUCAUAAUGGUGGAAUAAGCAAACGCAAGGAUGCGUCAAGGUGUUACUUGAAGCUCCUCCUUUUAACUGCUGCUUCAGGGGAUGGCUGUAAUGGUGAAGCUAUCCAGAGUAACCGGGAACUUUCUAUGAUCCUUGAUGCGAUCUUGAAAACAAAGUCACGCACAGUUUUGAUGGAUAUUAUGAACAAGAAUGGUCUACAGAUGUUACACAACAUAAUGAAACGAUACAGGAGGGAGUUCAAUAAGAUCCCAAUUCUCAGAAAGUUGCUUAAGGUUUUAGAGUAUCUAGCUGUAAGAGACAUCCUUUCUCCUGAGCACAUUAAUGGAGACGCGUCCAGAGCUGGAGUUGAGAGCUUUAGGGACUCAAUUUUGGGAUUGACAGAGCACAAAGACAAACAGGUUCAUCAAAUUGCAAGGAACUUUAGAGAUAGGUGGUUAUGCAGACCUCUCAGGAACAGAAGCUGCAUUGACAGAGAUGACAGCCGAAUCAACAUGCAUUCUGGUUCACCUUACAAUAGGUGUCUAGCAUCACAAAAUCAAUGGUGCGAUUUGGGUGGUAAACCUUCGGAAGCAGCUCAGAAUACCUGCCAUUCAACAGUUUCAUCUGUUCAAGCAGAUGCUUGUGUGCCUGAUGGCUCCUCUGCUUCAUGUUCUGAUAUCGGGGCAGCCUCUAGGCCAAGGAAACGCAAGCAUAAAAGUCGGUGGGAUCAAGAGGCUGAAGAAAAGCCAGAUCCAAGAAAUGAGAGCAAUGUAGAUGAUGACAGAAGGCAGGUCCUAGAUGAUGACGCUCCCCCUGGUUAUGAAUUCCCUCCUGGAUUUUUAUUCCCGGUUGAGGCUUGUAGGGUUUUAUCUGAUGCGUCUUCAGCAGCUAUUUGUAGUCCCGAAGAACGUAGAUGCAGAGAACAUCCACAGCCAGUCAUUACGGGGAACUUGCAGCAGCGGUUCAUUUCACGAUUGCCUGUCUCUUAUGGAAUUCCAUUUUCUGAGGUGCAGCAAUUUAGGUCUCCUCAAAAAGGAAUAUUUGAUGCUUGGACUGUUGCCCCAGGAAUACCUUUCCAGCCUUUUCCUCCUUUGCCUCCAUAUCCCCGUGAUAGAAGAGAAUCUGUGCCUUCUGCUGCUAAUCUGGGGGCAAUCAGUGAACUACCUCAAAAUACUGGACAAGAUUGCCAUACUUCUUCUCCUGGUCACUUGGCUCAAAAUCCUCCAAGCGUAUCUGGAGCAGACCAGCCUCAGGAUGGCACUGGAUACCAACUUGGCUCUAAACGAGCUAGUGACUCUUGUAACUCGGGAAGGAGAUACUUUAGGAAGCAAAAGUACAAUAAUUCAAAAUUAGCACCUCCCUGGCUUCGGAUAAGAAGUGGCUGGGAAUACACAGGAAACAACUCAAAAAAUAGCAUGUGCAUUGCAGGUGUAGCAAGCAGGGAAGAUGAGUUCAGAAGUACUCAUAGUUGGGUGGAGCAUAACCUUGGAAUGCAAGAUUUGGGGCAUACUUUACGACAGCAUACUUCCCACAGGUAUUAGUUUUAUCUUAUAGAGGCAAAGUUCUCAGCAGCUUCCAAAUUUUCUCCAGUGCUUCUCCUUUUGUACUUGCAAUUCUCUGUCGCCAACAGAAAAUGAAAAGCACCGUUUAGAUUUGUAAAUUUGAUUUUUUCAUUUUUUUUUUAGGUUUAGGACCAAAGUUACUCUGAUUUAUUUGAUUUCAUGCAUUGACAGUGACCUUAAUGCCUCAAAGAGGUAAACUGGCUCAUUCUUUUCGUUAUUAAUUGAUUUUUCUUAAAACAAU